CGAGACCAAACGGCGGAAAGCGGAAGUAGGAUGUCAGAAUAUAAACAAACGUCAACGUUGGUCUGUUGACCGCUCUACUUAAAUUAUUUGGAAACGUUUUUGCUUUAUAUCAACGCAGUGCAUGAUUUUUCUGUUGGAGGUGUGUAAAACUCUCUUGAGGUGGGAGUGGUGGUGAGUAGCUGUGAGGUGGGAGUGGUGGUGAGUAGCUGUGAGGUGGGAGUGGUGGUGAGUAGCUAACUGAUCUGUACUGUACAUCUAGUCAACAUGCCGGGAGAGUCGACCCUAAGUCCACCAGCACCCCUGGACCUCGGGCGCAUGGAGGAGGAAGCAAAGGCUUCAGCAACCAAGAGGAUCGCCAGCAUACUACAGAGACCAGAACAGCUAGAGAGAGUAGACCAGUACAAGAGGAGAAUGACUCGCAAAAAGGCCUCAGUGGACACUAUGUUGAAGUCUGCUGUCCAGUCUCAACUAGAUGGGGUCAGAACUGGUCUGAACCAGUUACAGAGUGCUCUACAGGAUGUGUACGAAAUCAAACAGAGUUUGGAUGUUGUAGAAGAGACGUAUAAAUCUAUUCAGCCAUUGAAAGAGAAAUUGAGUUCUGUCAACAAAGAAAACAACAGCUUCUGUCAACUGGGGUCUGCGAUGGAGAAUCUGAAGCAUAUUUUUACAGUACCUGAAAGUGUACGGAAAACAGCUGAGCUUAUCACUGAUGGCAAGCUUCUACAGGCACACAAACAUCUGUCUGACCUUGAAAUGGCACGAGAUGAUCUGAUGUUUGAACUUCACAAGCAACCCCAGAAAUCUCCGACAGACAACAAUACACUUACAAAAUAUUUUGUGGAAGUUGAGAAACUUUCAGAAGACCUUGGAAAACAGUUGUGGAUCAUCAUGGGCAGGUUACUGAUAACUGUCCGGCGGGAACCCACUCUUAUUGUCACAGCACUGCGCAUCAUUGAGCGAGAGGAGAAGCGAGAUGAAAUAAUUAUGAAAAGGAAAGAGCAAACAGGGUUCCUUCCGGUGUGUCGACCAAAGAGAUGGAAGCAGAAAACUUUUGAAGUUCUGGAACGCACAAUUACGUACAAAAUUGAGGGCAACCAAAUGGAGGACAGAGAUACUAACAAAAUGUGGCUUGUUCGACAUCUUGAGAUCACCCGCCAACUCAUGAUCGAUGAUUUACGUGUUGUCAAGACCAUGCUUCCACCUGUGUUCCCCCCUUCCUAUGCCAUCGUAGACAAGUAUGUUAAAAUGUACCACGCCGGGAUAGCUAGUCAUAUAGGAGACAUGAUUGCCCAGGGUUUGGAGGGUAACGAGUACGUCACACUCCUCAGCUGGAUCAAUGUGUACAACUCUCCAGAACUGUUGAAGCAUCCUGAACUCAACAUUGACAUCAAAGAGCUUGGUCCACUUUUGGAGCCUACAAUUAUAGACGACCUUCAGAACCAGUACUUGAAGAACAUGAGGUCAAAUAUAAUGGACUGGACAAAGAACUCUCUGGUGCAAGAUAAAAAGGACUGGUUCCGAGAAGAACAUCCGGAUGCUGACGGGGACGGCUUCUAUUCCACGUCACUUCCUGUCAUCUUAUUCCAGAUGAUGGAACAGAAUCUCCAAGUUGCACAGAUGAUUGGCGAAGAUCUGGUGAAAAAGGUGUUAGAAUUGUUUGCAGAUGAGUUGAACAUGUUUGCCAAGGAAUACCAAAGUGAGAUCCAAAGCUACCAGGAGAGACACAUGAUGAACAGAAGUGAACCCAAGUUUUACAUUCAUUACCUGAUUGCAAAUAUCAACAACACCAUUGCUUUCUGUGACUACAUGAAACAGUUAAGAAAGCGUUACAUGAAGGAGGAAUUUGAUGACCGACUGGAGGAAGAUGAGGACAAUAUCAGGAAAGAUAGAUUUCAAUUGCUAACAGACAGAUUCAAACAAAUUGGGAACCUUGGGUGUAACAUACUCCUAGACGAGGUUUGGAUUGACCUGCGGAACAGUAAAUGUAUUGAUGAACUCCUCACUAAAAGUUGGUGUCAGGGAUCCCACUCUGUAGACAUAAUCUAUGCCACCUGGGCCGACUACAGCGGAGACUUUGUUCACCUCAAAGAGCCAUUCAGUGUCGGACUCGUCGUAGAGGCACGUCACAGACUGCUAAAGGAGUACGUCAAAGCCAUACUCUCCAAAAAGCUACCGCUGAAGAAUUAUGCUGAGCGUAAACCAAUAGCUGAUAAAAUCUGCACAGAAGCUGAUAAGCUGCAGGAACUGUUUAAAGAAUAUGGAAGCAGAAAAGCAGGGGACACAGAUUUUGGACCCCUCAAGUUGUUGGCUGAAGUGUGGAAACUCAGAGAUACCUCCAUGAUGCAACUCGAAAUAACAGGACUGGUGGUGAAACACCCUGACAUCCGUACGGAACAGCUGAUCAGCCUGCUGAUGGGGCGUGGGGAUAUGAGUCGUGUGGAAGCUAGACAGAUGGUUCAAGACACGGUUGGAGAAGAUGACCAACUGAAACCCAAACCAAAAGGAAUAUUCACCGAGGUGGCACAGAUGAGCUGAUCUGGUCGCAGCACCAUUUGUUUUUGUACAAUAUUUAUCCGGCAAUAAGCCCAUGCUUGGUAUUAAGCCCACCAAUGAAUAUUGCAGUUAGGAAGAAAUGCCAGCAAAAGUUUUUUCUCUGUCCUGUUAUAAGCACAUCCGUAGGGGGAGGUGCUUAUUACAGGACAGAGAAAAAACUUUUGUUUACAGUAGGCGAUUAUGUGUUGGCCCCCUGGGAUAAAUACAGUAAGAUUAUAUUGGUUAAUUGUGCUACUGUGAGGAUGAUAAAUCAAGUUACAAAGUACACAGUCUGACCAAGAAGCAAAGCUGACAAACAGUUUAAUGUUUUAAAUGGAAUUGUGGAUUUCAGUACAGUUGUACUUUCAGAUUAACCAAAGUCGCCAGAUCUGCUGAUCUGGUCGUUGCACCAAAAUAAUCAUGAGUUUGCUUCCAUAUAAUGACAUAUUGGAUAAUGUAGAGUUGCCUGGAUUGGCUGAUCUGGCCUCAACACCAAAACACUCCAUAAUUCUGGAAUAGAGUGUUUCAUCACAUUCCGAGUAUGUAGCAUUUAUAUCAUAUAUAUAUGUUGUGUACAAAAUAAACAGUAGAAGUAUGAUCAGUCCAAAUUACCAGAAAGCAACAUCUCUUGUUAUACAGUAUGUUAUGAGUUGUAAAGCAUUUGGUUGCUUGUUAUUGUCAAACUUGGCUAGAGGAAGUUUCCCUUUAGUAAAGAUGGUAGAGCACUUGAUAUUUAUUCCAUAGUCCUUGGGUUUACUAGUGCAAGAACUUUAAACAAGUUAUCUGGGUUACGUUGGCACCAAUGUCAAAACCUGGGGACCAUUUACCAUAUAUAAUAUAAACCAGUCUACUACCAGUUCUGAUUUGGUAAGCUGUGAUACCAGAACCAAAAUGGUGGACCACGAUGUCCAGUCUGGGCCUAUGACAAGUAAAACACAGACUCAUACCUGGUGAUAAGCCCACCCUCCACUUCUGACAUGUUUUCAUGCACAGGCCCCCUGGACUUAUCACUGGUGGAAAACACGGUAUGAAAAUCUCCCAAUACUUAAAAACGUGGUCACACUUGGUAGCACUCUAGAAUGAGGUCUUUCUAUGGAGGAGCAGUGUUAUGUUACAGUUUCGAACCAUCUGGAUGUUUAAUACUGACUCAGAUACAGUUAUUCAUUCUGAAGAGCACUUGUCUAGUAGUUUGUUAGCAUUGUCCCAGUGUUAAACAAUUUAUUGACAGCUGUUCAACAUUAUAUCAUUCCUGAGUGCUGAUGAUAUGUUAUAUCAAUGCUUUGUUUGGUGCCAAUCAAUUUAUGUGCAAUAGUUCAUUUAUGUAUUUGUUUGUGAAUGUUAUGUAAAAUGAAAUUUAAAAUAAUUACAUUUCUAUGGUAUCUUAAAAGACAUUAAAGAUAAUUGUAUUUCA